AUGAAUGGCGGCGAUUUGAACAGUCAUGCAUGGCUGACGACCACCAGGGGCCUCCGAAUCGUUGUGGUGCAAAACUUGUCAGACGCGAUUUCGCAGUCAAGGUGUUUGCAGGAGUUCAUCGUUACAUGGGUUUUCAAGUCAGGGAACCCGUGGCAGCAUAAUGCUCUACGCUGGACCUUGGCUUCGCUUGCACAUUGUUGCAUGGCUGCACAGAGAGCUGCUGGAUCUGAAGCAGGCAAGCUUGUGCUUUGUCUCCGAUGCCAGAGCUCUCUGAUGGAGUGUUUCAAGGUGGUCCUGUUGGAGCUGUAUCGUCACCUGGCCAAUCGCCAAAGCUUGAGUAUCGUUUCUACAAAUGCGGCGGAGCCAUCAAUCCGUGGCAAGUGCACGGUCGACAUGCCUUCUAUCCAAGCAACCACUCAGCCAUGUACUAGCAUGCCAGUCUUGUCGGAGGAGACGGAUCUUGGUCAGAUGAUUUCUCACCUGAGGUGGUUGCAGGAAUUUCCCCUGGCCACAGAGCGGCGCGAAUUAGAAAGAGAGCGGUCAGGCAACGGCAAUGUCGAGCACCAGUUCGUUGUUCUACAAGCCCAGAACAAGGAGCCAAAGAUGGUGCAUGCCCUGGAGCUUAGCUUGCCGGGCAACGAUGCUGGUCCACGUGCGUGCAAGCUGCAGUACUCGACCGAGAGUGCCGAUGGCCCAUGGGUUGAUGCCAAGGGCUCGGUACACCGGGAGGAAGCUGUGGCUGACUUGGCGGAGAAGGACACCCCAAUCGUUGCCUACUGCGCGGCCGGGGUGCGUGCCCAAACUGCGGUGCUGCUGCUCUCGGCAGAGGGCUACAGCGACGUUUUCAAUGGAGGUGGCUACAGCUCACAGCUGGAAGAUAUUUGCGCGGCAUGCGCGGCCACAACUCCGACGACGACAAGCUCCGCAGACUUGAAUGGCACGGCCAACACCAACAGCACGCUAAGCAGCACAGCCAGCACGGUGCCCAGCACGACGACAACUACUGAUGCCUUCAUGGUCUCCAGCCAUGCAUCUGCUUCAAGCACCGGGAUCAGCCACUGCAUUCUUGCCUUGCUCUUGGGCACGAUGCUGUUUCGGAGCCUUGGCUCAAACCGCUAA